CCGAGGAGGCGGGAGAGAAGCCAGAGCCUGUCCGCGGGCUGGGCGGUGCUGCAGCUCCCGCCGGCCGGCUUCGUCCAGCUUUGUCCUGCGGCCCCUUUUUCAGGCCGUCCUGGCCGCGCCCAGCCCCCUCCUGCCAUGCCGCCCGCGGUGUCCCGCGGGGCCGUGCCGUUGGCUGCCGUCGUCCUGCUGGUGCUGGGGACUCCUCUGGCGCUAGCGAAUGAAGACUGCUUGUGGUAUCUGGAUCGGAAUGGCUCCUGGCAUCCGGGAUUUGACUGCGAGUUCUUCACCUUCUGCUGCGGGACCUGCUACCAGCGGUACUGCUGCAGGGACCUGACCUUACUCAUCACCGAGAGACAGCAGAAACACUGCCUGGCCUUCAGUCCCAAGACCAUAGCAGGCAUCGCCUCUGCUGUAAUCCUCUUUGUCGCUGUGGUUGCCACCACCAUCUGCUGCUUCCUCUGUUCCUGUUGCUACCUAUACCGAAGGCGCCAGCAGCUCCAGAGUCCAUUCGAAGGCCAGGAGAUUCCGAUGACAGGCAUCCCAAUGCAGCCAGUAUACCAAUACCCUCCGGACCCCAAAGCUGGUCCUGUACCUCCGCAGCCUGGUUUCAUGUACCCACCUAGUGGUCCUGCUCCCCAGUAUCCUCUCUACCCAGCUGGGCCCCCAAUCUACAACCCUGCAGCUCCUCCCCCCUAUAUGCCACCACAGCCCUCUUACCCAGGAGCCUGAAGAAACAGCUGUGGCUCUGCUGUCCCUUCCAUGAUGCCGUUUUUUUUGGGAGAUUCCCCAUUCUGUACCUGCAUCCAGCCCUGGGGGUGGGCAUGGGUCUUCUAGUCACCAGGCCCCAGAUCAAGCCAAGCCUUGGGCUGUCCUGGGGACAGAGCCCCAGAGAAGUGGAACGUGAGCUGAGUUGGAACCAGGCCAUAAAUGAGGGGUGGGUAGGGAGGGCUUGGGGUUCAUGAGCUAUUUUUACUGGGAGGCAGAGUAAAGUGAGAGCCUGGGUCACAGUCUCUGUUUUCAGCAGUCCCUCUGCUCCCAGGAUCCCAAUCAGAAAGGUUGGGCCCCUCCUAAUUGCCCUUUUGGGGCUGAGGUGGAGACAGUGGGGGACUCUAUCAAUGGCUGGCCACAGCACUUCUCUCUGGCUGCCCCACUGGCCAGAGCUCAGGCCUGCAGGAUUAAAGCUGUAAUGGUGUAACUCA